UGUCAGAGGUUGUCAACUGACACUGUCACAACCGUCAUCCGACUUGCACAGAUCAGUCUUAGAACUAUUUGUUGGCAGCCAUGGUGAUGUAGGACGGACACUCGCCCCUACCCUCUUUAGAGGUCUUCUAGACGAUAUGGACCAAGAAGAAGGAGCAAGUGGUGCUGCAUUUGUAGAAGGCCGAGAACAGGGGUCAGCAAGCGAACCACGACAAGGUCAUACAACACUACCACCUCAACAUGGGCGACAAGGUAUAUUGUCUUCACGUGGUGAGUGGCUGGAGAAAGAAGUCAGGAAUCUGCGAAGUAUGUUGGAGGCGCUUCAGAAUCGUCCCCAGGAAACACCAGGAAGUUCGAACAGUGCCAGAGACAUGGUGAGGGAGCUCGAGGAACGUGUGGAUGAGUUGGAGCGGAACAAGACAGCGCAAGAGGAGAAGCAGACACAAGCACAAACCCAACAAGUGGACCUAGAGAGGCAGAUUAAAGGCACGCUGGGAAAGGUAUCUGACCUGGAGAUGCGUGUCAGGAGACUAGAGGCUGCCCGACCGAAGAUCAGGAAUGUCAGGACAGCCGAGAUGAAGAAUUUCCAGAGACCUCGUGUCAAGAAUAAACAAGAAAUCGGCCAUACGGGUCCUGACAAAGUGGAUAUAGGAAGAGAGGCUAAAGGCGCAUCAACAAGAGCGUCUAAGAUAGCCACACGAGUCGACCGCCUGGGACCCAAUGCAGGAAGAAGGGACAAAGUUGAGAAAAGACAUGGAAUGAUGCACUUUGGCCAGGGGAGUGGCGCUCACAAAGUGCUAUCACGUGAUACAGUCCUAUUCAGGUCUCUGAACAAUAACAAUGAUGCAUCAGACCACGGUGGCGGUGUGAGAGAAAUAUCCCUGACUGGCAUCUCUAGAUCUGUACUGUGUCCAUUACUUGGCCUUGAAAUACAGGAACACAGGAGCAGCAGAGGUGAACUAAAUUCUUUACACAGACACAAAACCCCCCUCGACAAGCCCAAGAAGAUGUGUGCUACCACAGCGGUUCCCAAUAACGAUGAUCCACAGUACUGGGAGGUACAAGCUGCUGUCAAACUCCUUGACCUGCUCAAGCCAGGGAACACCAUCUUUGAGACAACCUUCAGCCAACAAGUGAAUGAGGAAUACAGGACCCUUGACAGUCAGAACAUUGUGAGGCUUAGUCUCUCUUACUGCACGGACCAUGAGAGAAUCUGCAUCAUGGUGACGAAAGGACGAGACAUAUACGUGAAGCACACCACUGACUUCAUUAAGAAUAUCAAAGACGUCCACACAUGGACCAAUUUCGGAAUAGGUAUUCUUGUUGAUAGGAAGGAGAAAAGGGUAGUUUUUCUCAAUCUGAGACAGAAUGUUCUUUUUGCUGUUGUCAAAGACGUUGGUUUUCAAGAAGAUUUGCGGUCAGUGUUUGGUAUUGUGAUUUGCACGACAGGGAACAGGUCCUUAGUAAACAUGACACUUGUUAGUGGUUCAGACAUAGAGAUCACAGGGCGGAAAAAGAAAUUGAUUGAAAAAGCGAUUGAAAAAUAAACUCCCCUCUACCAUCAUGGAGGAAGCAGAAGACAACCUUCGACAUUCUCUGGCAUUGUCUUCACGCUGCUUUUAGAACCUAAAUAAGAAUGUUUCGAAAGUUCGGGAGAAUAUCGUUUUCAUUGUUAAAUCCCCUAGUAUUGUCUUUAGGUUACGUUUAGACCGGGGUUAUGAAUUUCUCCCACCAGAAGCAUAGGGAGAAUAUAUUUUCGAUUAUAGCAUUAAUAUAUAUAAAUAAAGCGGCACAACCCUUUACAUAUCCAAUAGAAAUCUCUUCAUAGUCGAUUGUUUAAUUCCGACUAUAUCAUGAGCCUGUGUUUAUGAAUCACUAACAACUAGUCAUGAUACCAGGGGUGGCGAAAAGGAGAGCGUAUCCUGCUCCACCCGUGGCACCCGUCACAAAGACAUGCAAAGGCAAGUCAAAUGUUCACCCGAACAAAUAUGGGAACAUAUGGUACAAGGCAUAAUAGGGAAUUGCAGCGGACAUAAUUUUUGUCACUGAUGCGUCAUAUUUGGAAAUGUCCUCAAGAUGUCUACCAUAAAGCUGUUUUAUAUAAAACAACUUUUUUUUAUAUCCGGAGACCUCCACCUCCUUACAUUUUAACUUAUUUUGGCAGUUAAUAUGAAAACAAAGUAACACAAUUCGUCCAAACAAAGUCUUUGUUGAAUUACAAUGACUGGAUGUCAUCACAAAACUGAUUCUCAAAUGUCAAGUGUACAUUUAAAUAGAUUAUCUCUAUCAAAAGUUGAGUAGUAUACAUAUAUGGAUAUGGGAGUGCACAGUCAUGUUGUCUCACAUUUGCCAGAUGUAUUGAGGAUCCACAGAAAGGUUGACGGCUUGGGGCGAGACUGGAAAUAAAUAUCCAAACAAAAGACAAUUACACUUUUCAUUAAUGGUGGUUCAGGGGUUCUUCCCGCCAAAAUAUUACCAUGGUAUCAUGUUAUAUGCGCUUGAGGUUUUCAUAUUGCCCUUGGCUUACGUCAUUGUUCUUAUGGAAGUCACAGAUAUAGGUUUACAAAAGCGUCUUGCUAAGUUUUAUUCUUACUGUAAAUAUAUAACGUCACUGCAAGAGAAUAAAGGGCAAAAUUGCUGUGAAAAUUAUAUGAAUGACCACUGAAAAUCAAAAAGUUUAAGCCCGCAUUCACACAGUUUGCAUACAGUAAGUAUUCAUUGCCUGACGCCGCACAGAGAAAAAUUAUCGGGUUUGGCCAUUUGAGGGAAUAUGAAUAGUUUACCAUUGGAGAUUCUGUACUCGAGAUAGUACAUAGUAAUACAUAUCUGGGUAUACAACUGUCUUGCUCAGGCUCUUUUUAUUCAACUCCGAAGACGUCAGCUCAGCAGUCUCUAAUGCUGUUCGAAUAAUAGUCUUCACUGAAAGUUUCUCGCUUUACCAAAAUGUCUGUUUUCGCAUAUUUGACGCACAUGUUAUGCCUGUACUGUCUUAUGCAGUUGAAAUAUGGGCAUUCAUCGCUCCCCUGACAUUAAAACUGUCCAUGAUCGCUAUUGUAAAUUAUUUCUGUGUCCAAACAGAGGUUCUCCAGAGAUAGUGGCUAGAAGAAUUGUCAACAUGUUUUCUAUUAAGUGUGUACACAUGUAAAGUUCAUAAAGUACUGGUUGAGAUUAAUAUCACAAAUGUAUAUGUCUAUUCUUAAACAGACAAAUAGUUUUCGGUAUUUAAGAACAGAGAUUCGUAAAACAUGUUGGGCCUCUAAUAUUAAAUGUGUGUUGUAUUCAUGAGGUUUGCCUGCCACAAGGUUUGUUUGUUGUUUAACUCCGCACUCAGCAAUAUUAAAAUUAUAUGACGGCGCUCUGUAAAUAACCAAGUCUGGACCAGACAUUCCAAUGAUUGACAUCAUGAG